UCGGGAAGUGGAUCCGCCGCUGCCGAAGCAGCCCAGAGGGAGCUGCGGAUCGCGAGGCCAGCACCGACCCCGCCCGCCCGCGCGCGCCUCCCCCGCCCGCCAUGGCCCGGGACUACGACCACCUCUUCAAGCUGCUCAUCAUCGGCGACAGCGGUGUGGGCAAGAGCAGUUUACUGUUACGUUUUGCCGACAACACUUUCUCAGGCAGCUACAUCACCACAAUCGGAGUGGAUUUCAAGAUUCGGACUGUGGAGAUCAACGGGGAGAAAGUGAAGCUGCAGAUCUGGGACACGGCCGGGCAGGAGCGCUUCCGCACCAUCACCUCCACGUAUUAUCGGGGGACCCACGGGGUCAUCGUGGUUUAUGACGUCACCAGUGCAGAGUCCUUUGUCAACGUUAAGCGGUGGCUUCAUGAAAUCAACCAAAACUGUGAUGAUGUGUGCCGAAUAUUAGUGGGGAAUAAGAAUGACGACCCUGAGCGGAAGGUGGUGGAAACAGAAGAUGCCUACAAAUUCGCAGGGCAGAUGGGGAUCCAGUUGUUUGAGACCAGCGCCAAGGAGAAUGUCAAUGUGGAAGAGAUGUUCAACUGCAUCACAGAGCUGGUCCUCCGAGCAAAGAAGGACAACUUAGCCAAGCAGCAGCAGCAGCAACAGAACGACGUGGUGAAGCUCACGAAGAACAGUAAACGGAAGAAGCGCUGCUGCUAGGCACCCCCCCCCCCGGCCCCCCGGCCCCCCGCAGAGACUGCGCUGUGCCUGCUCCCCGCCCGCCGCUCGCGGGGCUCCUCGGGGACAGUCGCAUCUUCGUGCCGUUAUUUAAAGAAUUCUCUCCCCGUUUUUGUAUUGGGAGGCGCCGUCGGCACUUCCUCCCCUCCCCCCUUGAGUGCCAAGGUGUCGGACGACCUGCCCUUCCCUUCUGGUGCCCCUGGCCCGGGCACCUGGGCCCGGGGACACCGCGGCCAGCCGAGCGGACUGAGGAGCCAGAGUGUGUACAUACGUGUAUUGCUUUAACCAGCUGCGUCACCUUCGUCCUGCUCUGGCUUUUGCCUCCUUCAUGCCAGCCCGCUGCAGUAGACCCUCCCGUCCGCACCCCUCCCCAUCCCAUCUUCCGGCCAGCGGCUUCCUGAGGAGACAGGCUCGA